AUGGGGCUAGGUAUUAUUGACAUCCCAGACUUCGGCCACGAUCGCGAGCCUCUCGACCCUGCAAUUUUAAAAGCCCUGCCCAGAGGAUGCAAGGUUCAGUCCGUCGAGAGCCACGGGGUCAGUUUCUGGAACAAGAUCGGGAGAAUCGAUGUUACCCUGCUUGAUGGGACAAGCAAGUCCUUCUUUAUCAAAGUCUUUGCCUGGAAGAACUGCAAAGCCGCUGUCGAGGGCGAGUAUGCAUCAUUGUGCACAGCACACCAGGCCGCGCCCGAGUUCGUCACCAAGCCUGUAGGCUGGGGCUCCUACUCCACCGUUCCUGGCGCCUACUUCCUCAUCUGCGACUUCCACGACAUGUCGGACGAGAUGCCAGACCCCGUCGCCUUCGCUUCACACCUGGUGAGGUUGCAUCGGGUCGGCAGAUCACCCGAGGGCAAGUUCGGCUUCCCCGUGACAACCUACCGUGGCAACCUGCCACAGUAUGUCGGUUGGGAAGACCGCUGGGAGGUUUUCUUCGCCAAGAGCAUGAGGUUCGCUCUUGGCCUCGAGGCCAAGAGUCGCAAGUCUCGCAACCGGGAGUUUGACUUGCUAGCGGACGUCCUGGUGAACGUGGUCAUCCCUCGUCUCCUCAGGCCUCUUGAGAGUGGCGGGCAAUCUAUUACACCCUGUCUUGUCCAUGGAGACCUUUGGUAUGCAAAUUCAGGGGUCGAUACGAACAAUGGGAAAAUCCGUGUUUUUGGCUUGAGCUCCUUUUAUGCGCACAACGAAUACGAAUUCGGUCAGUGGAUGGUACCUAAUCACAGGUUUGGGGACGAAUAUAUUGCCGCCUACAGGCGCUUCACUACGAUUUCGGAACCGGAAGAUGAGUUUCCGGACCGCUUGGAUCUCUAUCGCCUGAGAUUCGACAUCCACGCCUUGGCUUUGUAUGGUACGGAUACCCUCCGUGAACAGUGA